UUGAUUAUCAUAAAAAUGAGCAAGUCAUGAUAAAAGAUGAUUGGGAAACAAUAUAAAGGCGUUCGUGUGUUCAACUUCCUGCAUGAAAAUUUGAAAUGCCGUGUCGUUUAAUUUCUUUGAACAUAAAGCUCACGCCUUCCUUUGGAAGAGAAGCAGAAGUUGAAACUUGUGCACAAAAAGGAAAUUAUGUUUCAAGUCUCAAGUAAAGGUAUGCUGUGGCUUCUGCUAGCUCUCAUGGGGCCAUAUUUAGCUCAGACCAGCAUUUCAACGCAAGAGUGUUUUAUAGAAGGUGCAGUGAAAUAUGUAACGUGCAACAAAGUCGAUGGUAGACCACAAUUUUGUAACUGCACAAACUAUGCCAAGUGUUACAUCAAAAUGGUCAUAAAAAGAGAGCGAAUAGAUUCAACAAAAUCAUUUCAGUAUUCGGUGAAUGGAAAAUUCCAAGGACCAACGUUACUGGUGGAGGAAAAAAGCAUUGUGGUGGUAGAUGUCUUUAACGAGAUGAAUGAGGAUACAUCGAUACAUUUUCAUGGAAUGCACCAGUAUAACGUACCAUGGAUUGAUGGUGUUGGAAAUAUCACUCAAUAUCCUAUCCCAUCAAACGGAAAAUUUAGGUACAUCUUUCGAGCUUUUCCUCAAGGAACACAUUGGUAUCAUUCCCACAUGCGCUAUCAACGAGACAGUGGAUUAUUUGGAGUGCUUAUUGUACACGAAUCAAAAGGAGAUAUACACGAAAAGUUGGGAAAAUUUAUAGAUGAACCACAGAAGAAAACGUUAACUUUGUUGGAAAGAUUUGAAAAUAUUGAAUUGGACAAAGGCACUUUAGAUCCAUUUUGUCUACCCGACGGAUCAAACCUUCCCAUUCCUUACAAAAAUGUUAGUUUCUAUUUAAAUGGCAGACUUGCUGCUGAAGAAGUUGAAGAAACUAAAACAUUUAAACGUCAUUUAGAAUUUUAUGUUACUCCCGACAAACAUUAUCGAUUCCGUGUUCUAGGAGCAACAAAGUCAACUAUUUUGAUGAUCUCAAUCGAUUUUCAUAAAAUGUACGUAAUAGCUACCGAUGGUUUUCUCGUUAACGAAUUCGAAACAGAUUAUCUUGUCGUUCAUGUAGGCGAGCGAUAUGACUUUCUUUUGAAAGCCAAAGCAGAUGUUAAACCAGGAACAAAAUAUCCAAUUAACAUUCAGACACUUGCUGUGAAAUGUGACAACUACAGUGAAUUGGCAGGAGAGAGUUAUGCAUUUCUUGUUUACACCCAUAAGGACGGUAGCAAAAAUUCAUCUACCACAACAAUGCAGCAAAAUAAUCGUUGCUUCAAUGCAUCUUCUCCAUGCAAAGUACUCAAUUGUCCAUUUAGAAUAAUGCCCAACGAAUAUGGCAAUGACGGUCCCGAAAUGAUAUGCUACGACGUGAUAUCGUUGCAGUUACUUUAUCCCACUUUGCGAAAAAACAUCCCAAGUAUACAUGAAAAUACAUCUUCAUUUUUCAACUUUGAAACCAACCGAAACCAUACGAAGGCAUUCAUCAAUGGAGUUCAAUUCAAUUUACCAGAUUUACCUCUCGUUGAAUAUCCUGACUCAAGAUACGAAUGCAAGUAUCCAGUGAAAUGUGAAACACAAGGUGAAAAAUAUUGUCCUCAUGUCGUUUACCUAGACAACUUUAAUACAACUGCAAGAUUUGUUUUUACGUCAAUAAUAACAAAGGGUGAACAAGGUGCUCCUAUCUACACCCAUCCUAUCCACAUGCAUGGUCACACUUAUUUUGUAGCAAAGAUUGGCUACCCCGAAUAUUAUCCAAAUGGCUCAAUCAAAGCGCCCAACAAAGAUGUACAUGUUCCCUCAUGUGGAGCUGGAAAAUGGAGAGAUGGACCACCAGAAGAUAUAAUUGUGAACAGUACAACCGUACGUAAAGAUGUCGUCAUAGUUCCUGCUGGAGGAUAUGUCGUUAUACAUUUUAUCACAAAUAAUCCAGGAUAUUGGUUUAUGCAUUGUCAUAUUGAUGAACAUCUCAAUAAAGGAAUGGCGAUAGCAAUAGGUGAGAAACCUAGUUACGCAAGUAAAGGUCCAAAGCCUCUUUACCACGAAACCAACGAAUUUUGUUUUACUGUCGACACGUUUAUAAAAAAUGAAGCAGAAGUUGCAGUAUUUGGAAAUCGUUCAGUUGGAAAUCCUCAAAUCAAUAUCAAUUCAUUUGUUUUGUAUUUUGCGCUCUUUAAAAUCGCGAUAUUUUUACUUUGAUGCAUAAUGUUUUAAAGAACACUUUAAAUCAUCGCAACUAGCGAUUAUGCCACAAUCAUGCUUCGCAUUUUUUCUUUUUUAUUACAUUAAUUUUCUCGAUCCACAGCUAUGAUGUAUCGUUUUCUAAGUAAACAUUGAGCGAAUCUUUAAAAA